GUCCGAGGCCGCCAAGAUGGCAGCCAAGUCCGACGGCCGCGGGGUCGUCAGCGGCUUCGCCCAGCUGCGCGACCUGGACGAGGCGGUGGGCGCCGCGGGGGAGGGCCCCGACGGCGGAAGCUCCUUCCACAUCUGCCACUGCUGCAACAGCUCGUCGUGCUACUGGGGAUGCCGCAGCGCCUGCCUGCGCUACCUGCGGGCCGGGCGCGGGCGCGGGCGCGGGCAGGCGGCCCGGACCCAGCCGAGUGAAGAGCCGCGCCUGUGGCUGGACUGCCUGUGGAUCGUGGCGGCGCUGCUCGUCUUCUUCUGGGACGUGGGAAGCGACGUGUGGCUCGCCGCGCACUACUACCGCGACCGGGACUUCCUGCGGUCGGCCGUGACCCUCUUCUUCGUGCUGGUGCCCUCGGUGCUGGUGCAGAUCCUCAGCUUCAGGUGGUUCGUGCAGGACUACGCGGAGGGCGCGCUGGGCUCGGUGCGGGGACUCAGCAGCCGCCGGGCCGCCGGGCUGCGCCGCGACCGCUGCUGCCGGACCUCCGUGUGGCUGUGGCAGAGCGCGCUGCACGUCCUCCAGUUGGGCCAGGUGUGGAGGUACAUCCGCACCAUGUACUUGGGCGUCCAAAGUCACCGGCAGAAGGAGAACCAGCGACGCUUCUACUGGGCCAUGAUGUACGAGUACGCCGACGUCAACAUGCUGCGACUGCUGGAGACCUUCCUGGAGAGCGCCCCCCAGCUGGUGCUGCAGCUCUGCAUCAUGAUCCAGAGCAACAAGGCCGAGUGGCAGCAGUGUUCCUCGGUCUUGUCCUCCCUCCUGUCCCUGGCCUGGGUGCUAGCGUCCUACCACAAGCUCCUGCGUGACUCCCGCGACGACAAGAAGAGCAUGAGCUACCGCGGCGCUCUGGUGCACCUCUUCUGGCGUCUCUUCACCAUCUCCUCACGGGUGCUCUCCUUCGCCCUGUUUGCCUCGGUUUUCCACAUCUACUUUGGCAUUUUCGUGGUGCUCCACUGGUGCGCCAUGGCUUUCUGGGUCAUCCACGGCGGCACCGACUUCUGCAUGUCCAAGUGGGAGGAGGUUCUGUUCAACAUGGUGGUGGGGGUGGUCUACGUCUUCUGCUGGUUCAACGUGCAGGAAGGGCGGACGCGCUUCCGGAUGGUCGUCUAUUACACCGUGGUCCUCUUCGAGAACGCCGUCCUCAGCGGGCUCUGGUACGCGUACCGCGACCCGGCCAGCACCGACGCCUACGCCUCUUAUGCCCUCUGCGGCGUCUUCCUGUGCUUUGCCUCGGGCGUGGCCUGCAUGAUCCUGUAUUACGGGGUCCUGCACCCCGUGGGCCCCCGGCUGCGGGUCUUGGCGAGCUCCUGUUGCGCCGAACUGCUUUGGGGGCUGCCGUUACCCCCCGAGGCGGAGCCCAUGACGCCCACGCGGGGUUCGCAGGCGACACCCACGCGGGGCCCGGCGGGGGAGCCCGUCGAGUCCGACGAAGCCGCCGCGGAUUCCUGCCUUCCGGUUUUCCAGGUGAGGUCGACGGAGCCGCCGGAUGCGUCCGGCCGGCCCGUCCAAGCCGGGGGUCCCCUCAUCAAAAUUGACAUGCCCAGGAAACGCUACCCAGCCUGGGAUGCGCACUUUGUGGACCGGCGCCUGCGCCGGACCAUCAAUGUGCUCCAGUACGUGAGUCCUAACGCGGUAGGCAUCAGGUACAGGGACGGCCCCCUCCUCUACGAACUUCUUCAGUACGAAUCGUCAUUCUGAAGGUCGUCCUCGCGGUUUUGCCCCCCUCUCGUCACCCUUCGCUCCCCGGCUCUCGGCCCAUUUUGACGGUCCCGAUUUAUUUUUGGAGACUCAAGGAACAAGGAGAGCAUGACAGAACAUGACAAACGUGAAGCGUCCCUCUACAGCUGCGUACGAGUGUGAAUGUUUCUUUCCUUCUGGAAUUUGACUCACGCAUUAUUCUGUCUUGCUCUGACUGGACUCGCGCGUCCUCCCCGCCUCUGACGGGAAUGCUUGAGGGGCACUUCGCAGGGUGCGGGUCUUUUGCACAUCCCGACUUUUACUGCCAUUCUUUGUGUAAAUAAUGCAAAACAUAUUGAUCGUGUUUACCGAGAGCCACGUAGGGGGAAACAUUACGGUGCCGCAAUGGUGAGCUGGUUCUAGUCUACGGCUGUUGCUAUUUCUGUUCCAAAAUCCUCAAUCUCAUCACAUCAUGUAUGGAGAGGGGGGAGAGAGGGGAGACGCAACCUGACCUUCAAUCAGUUCCGGCCAUUCAUGAAAUCUUUUCUGCGCAGACCGCCCUCUGGUGGAGGCGAGUGCGUGGCAGCACAAUUUACGACAGAAGACGGCAUGCACGAAAGAGCCCAUUUUCCAAAUUCCAGAUUGGGAAGCAUCGUAAACGCAUUCCAGUGUGCAAAACCCCCCUCGCGCCAUUUCCCUCUCCAUCCUAGCGUGUUCUCCCUUCAGCUCAUCUUUCAUAUUUUGUGAAGUCGUGUUCCGCGACCAAAAAUAGUUGAAUGCUCCAACUAUUCAGGUAAACGUCCUGCCGUCUCUUGCUGUAUCGGCAGGCAGGCAGUACGCUUCAGUUGUCCUCGUUCGCUAGUUCUCAGCGUCUCCGCGGCCGCACGUGCCUAAUAACAUCGUACUGUAAAAUGAUGGUUGCGCUGAAAGGUCAGAGGGUUUCUUUUUUGCUCGCGGGUGGAAAAGGACCGCGUGACAAGACCCGUCGUAACAAAGCAUCUCGACGGGUACGCUGGUCCGUGACUGACUGGGGUGGUACCUUUACAAGUUCUACUUUUGUACCCUUGCAAUAUACAGCUUUGGAAUCUACCCGUACCUUUUUGGAGCUCGGAAAAGGUAUAGACCGGAGACGUUCGAGUGCAAAAGGAGCUUUGUGUGAACUACAUGAGCGCAGAGCGUACCUUUCGUGGGCUUGAAAUAUACAGUUUAGGGACAUACCUCCUCUUUUUUUUUUUUUUUUUGUUUGCCCCAGAAAAGGUCCAUGGAGAAAACACAAAGAGUCAACCUUGGAAUCCAAUGAGGAGAACUUUUGGACUACUAUCUUUCCAGGUACAAUAAAUGGCUCGUCACUUCGAGGUUAGCUUACCUUACUACUCUGUAAUCCGUCAGUUCCUUACGCUUGUCAUUGUCGGACAUUUCACUUUCAAACAUUCCCAGCCUAGUGUAUUUCCUGUCCCGGUACGAUAUGCUUCGCUUGCAUGUUGUAGAACUAGUAGACGCAUUCCUGUGCGGUGAUUGGUCAUCGAGCCUUGUCACGGAACUGUAGACUACUACCCUGCGUUGGAAACGAUCCAAAUCAUCGCUUAGCAAACCGCAGCGUGAUCCAGGGGUCCGAUCGUUAACUCUGUGAAGUACAUUUGGCAUCCAGUGACCCAGAAGGACAAAAACGGACUCCUCCUGGAGCCCCGCAGAACCUCUGGGGUUUUCUUUUGACAGGGUCCCUCUAGUCUCCUUGGUGCUUUGCCAUAGUCCUGGUAAAUGCGGGUCCUUCCGCUCGCCGGUCAAUAAUGGACUCAAGUGGAACAAUUCUGUCUCCGUGAACCCAACGGCGCAGUUGAGACUGAGCCAAAGAAGGACAACAUUCAGGGUUGACUUUAGACCUGAACAGAACUGAGGGCUCAGCUAGGAUGGAUUCAAUAUUCAGUCUCCAGUAUGAAUUGAUCUUUAAGCGUUCAGCGGCUUGGCGUUGCAGUGGUAUCCUUUUUUUUUUUUUUUUUUUUUAACCAUUGUCCUAUUUUUUUUCCGGCAUACAAGAUCCCAUUUCAAAGAGUGUAGCGGCCAUGUUGUCUCUGGGUUUCAUAAGAGCAUUCAAGUACAAAGCAAAACAGACAAUACAGGGGUGCCUCAGGACCUGCAAGCCAGACCACUAAAGAAUCAGACUCCGGGGUGUCUCAAUGCACU